AUGUCUACGAACGAACUUGAGGUUCAACCCGCUCAGACGGUCGAGGUCGGUCGCGCCGUAGUAAGACCUUUGCCACCUAAUAAGGCUGACCCAAUCACGCAGGAUGAGCACACACAAGAGGAGCACACACAGGAGCCGCUCACAAAAUCAGGCGUUGCUGAUGCAGGCGAGAACGCUGCUCUGGCAAGAGCAAGAUACAGACAGGGCCAGAUAGUGCACAUGGCCGUAAUUCAAGGAGGUGCUCGUAUAAAGGGCGUAUUCAGAGUCCACAAGCUGAUAUACAACCGUGCAGGCUGGGUUGAGUACCAGCUCAUAGAGGACCUUACAGGCCAGCUCUACAGGCAUGGUGCUGGGGUGCGCGAGAAGGAUCUGAAGCCCCAGUAA